GGAAUACAAAUGGACAGCCACGACGCGGAGUUUACGCGACCAGCUGGAUCUGUAUUGUAAAGUCUAUAAGCGAACAUAAAAUGUUUACUGUACUACUCUCGCGGCUCAUUCCCCAGUUAGGGCGACAUCGCACGCUGGUGCGCGUUGGAGUCCUGAUCGGCGCCAUAUCUAUUAUCGUGUAUAUAGCUGGCAACACAAUUAGCUUCAUAGUGCAGUUGUUUGACGCCUCCGCUCUGGAGUCUGUCAAGUUCUGUAAGGUCAUCGCCUCUCUGCUGAACCGGCCAACGCUGGAGCUGGAGUUCCUGCCCCAGGAGUUUGAGGAGCUGGAGCCCGAUGACAACGGCCACUAUGCCUACGCGCCGGCCAACCUGCACCCGCUGCUGUUCAGGAGGUCGGACGCCGUGGCGGGCGCGUGGGAGUGGAGCGACGACGGCGGGCAGCUGUGGUUCGCAUGCGACAACUUCCGAGAGAGCGUCAACGGCGUGCCGGAGCCGCCCGCGCUGCUGUUCCUGUUGCGGCUGCAUCUGGAGCACCUGCUGCGGUGCCGCCUGUCCGCGGCGGGCGCACUUGGCCGCCGCAUGCCGCCGCCGUUGGACACGACAACGCCGCGGCCCGGGCGGCCGCUAGAGGCGGCGCCAGACGCUUUGUGCUGCCCCAUCUCGCACAGCCUGAUGCGGGUGCCUGUGGUCGGACCCAGCGGCACCACAUUCGACUUUGACUACAUACGCAAGUGGGUGCUGCAGCACAACACGGACCCGGUGAACGGCGCCCCGCUGUCGGAGGCGGACCUCUACCCCAACCUGGCGGUACGAGACCUGGUGGAGCGCUGGCUGCAGCAGGGCGGCGGCGGCGGCGGCGGCGGCGGCGAUGGGGCAGGUGGCAGUGGCAGCAGCGGCAGCGGGAUAGGCAGCGGUGGUAGCGGUAGCCGCGAGACCGGCGGCCUUCCGCCCCACCUCGUGGACCUCAGCUGAGAAGGGGGGGGCCGGGGGGGGGGCUUAACGUUGAACCAAUCCCGUAAGGAAACAAUCGCGCGGCAAGGAGACCUGCAGCUGCAUAUGCGAGUCGUUGUACAUCACCGUAGGUAGUCGGGCGGCUUGGGGGGGAGAUGGUGCACGGCGGAGUGGGGUUGGAUUUUGCCAAGCUGAUUCCAGGUGCUGGACUUGCAUGGGGAGGGGCCCUAGGCUGUGGCUUGAUUGUCUUGCAGCCGUGGAGGUAGCUUGAAGGAAAGCCGUGUGAGGCGUGGAGGUUGGUGAGAACAACGGGCAUGCACGGCUGGCGUGCAUCCCGUAUUUAGAGAUGGACCAGGGCUGUACACUACGGUAUUCAGUUAUGGCCUUACGGGUGACGCAGUGAGGCCGUGAGGGGCCGUUGGGCCCAUGAAGCCCAUCAUGAUUAUUGCAAUACACAUGAUAUGGGUGAUAUCAUGUGGUGCUGCUGCUACGGUCGUGUGGUGAGUUGGAGGCUGUAACGACCAUAAAGC